UCUCUCCUCAUGCGCUGCACUUUACUCCACACUCACAGCCGUGCAUGCUGCAGGAAUUAGCCACAAUCCCCCGAGCAGGAACAUGCUGAGAGUGCGCUGUCUGAGAGGAGGGAGCCGAGGAGCCGAGGCCGCUCACUUAAUCGGAGCCAUGAUCGGUCGUACGGCGUCCCGCUGGGUUCAGAAGGCGUUUCAGAGCUCGAGCUCGGCCGCCGCCGUGAGAUCCCACGCGGCGGAGGACGCGGCCGUUACCGAGCCCACGCCUGACGACUGUCCGGUUUGUACUUAUAACGAGUGGGACCCGCUGGAGGAAGUGAUUGUAGGGCGCGCGGAAAACGCACGCGUCCCUCCGUUUACUGUAGAGGUCAAGGCCAACACGUACGAGAAGUACUGGCCAUUUUAUCAGAAAUACGGAGGGCAGACAUUCCCUGAAGAGCACCUGAAGAAGGCCAUUACUGAAAUCGAGGAAAUGUGCAAUAUCCUGCACCACGAGGGCGUCGUCGUGAGGAGACCCGAACCCAUCGACUGGUCCGUCGAGUACAAAACCCCCGACUUCACGUCCACAGGUAUGUAUGCAGCCAUGCCACGGGACAUCCUUCUGGUUGUGGGGAAUGAGAUCAUCGAGGCUCCGAUGGCGUGGAGAGCUCGUUUUUUUGAGUAUCGUGCUUACAGGCCACUCAUUAAAGAAUACUUUAGACAAGGAGCAAAGUGGACCACGGCACCUAAACCCACCAUGGCAGAUGAGCUAUAUGAUCAGGAUUACCCAAUCCGUACAGUAGAGGACAGACACAAGCUGGCUGCAGAAGGGAAGUUUGUUACUACUGAACAUGAGCCAUGUUUUGAUGCUGCUGAUUUCAUCCGAGCUGGAACAGAUCUGUUUGUGCAGAGGAGUCAGGUGACUAACUUCCUGGGGAUCGAGUGGAUGAGGCGUCACCUCGAACCCACCUACAAAGUGCACAUCAUCUCCUUUAAGGAUCCAAACCCCAUGCACAUCGAUGCCACCUUUAACAUCAUUGGACCCGGGCUGGUGCUGUCCAACCCAGAUAGACCGUGUCGUCAGAUCGAGAUGUUUAAGAAGGCCGGAUGGACUGUGGUGCAUCCACCAACACCUUUAAUUCCUGACGAUCAUCCACUCUGGAUGUCCUCCAAGUGGUUGUCCAUGAACGUCCUGAUGCUGGACGAGAAGCGUGUCAUGGUGGAUGCUAAUGAGACUACUAUUCAAAAAAUGUUUGAAAAUCUUGGUAUUAAGACGAUUAAAGUGAACAUCCGUCACGCUAACUCCUUGGGUGGAGGUUUCCACUGCUGGACUACAGACGUCCGGCGCAGAGGAACACUGCAGUCCUACUUCCACUAAAUCUGCCAGAAAACUAGCAGUUUUAAUCGAGUUCGCGUUCACGCAGCAUGUGAUGAGGAAUAAUCCGUUUACAGUCAGGUCCGAGUGUGCAAACUAUUAUAACUUUUUUAAUCUCACCAAAUUUCCACUGAUACAAACACGUCUGUAACACGUCUGUAACACGUCUGUAACACGUCUGUAACACGUCUGUAACACGUCUGUAACAGAAAUAGAUAUGUUUCCAUUUUAUAUAAUUAAUGAACCUUAUUUUGUUCACUCAGGAGUUUAGGCCUGGCUGUAAGUUAAUACGUCUUAAUUUCUAUUUAAUUUCUUUUUAUUUCACUGAAGUUCUGCUCUCAGCAUCACAGUGACAACAAACGUGGCCAGGAAAUAUAUAGAAAAACAUACAAAAGUUACUACCUCCUUUUUAUAACUAAGGACACAUUUAUUUCUUAAACAAUUCUAACAUGGAUUUUAUAUAUAUUUUUUGUAAUAGGUCAUUACACACUCAAUUAUCUUACAAUCUUUUUUAAAUAAAAAGUUGUUGAGGUAGUUUCCGGGCAAGAGGAGACGCUGCUGAGGUGAGGCCCAGCAUUGUGGGUCUGUGUCUCCCCCUGCUGGUCAUCACAGGCACUGCUCCCAAUCUCUCUCUCACACACACACACACACACACACACACACACACACACACACACACACACACACACACACACACACACAUACACACACACACACACACACACACACACACACACA